AUGGGGGACGCCGUGCUGCGUGUACACAGCCGCUUGCAGCUCUUGGCGUGCGAGAACUGGUCGGCGCUGGAAGAGAGCCACGGGCGAAACGUGUCAUGGCUGCGGGAGGAGUUUGCGCAGAUCUCGCGCUCGCUGGGCGUCAAGGCGCGUCUCGAGCAGCCGCAGCUGGACGCGGCUGUGCCAUUGUAUAGAGGCCAUGAAGAUACUUUUGACGUGGCUGGACCUAAAUGGAAGAAACACAAGACAGAGAGACAGGGAGAAGUUGAGGCGCCUAUUGCUGCUGCUGUACCUUGUCAAGAAGGAGAAACGAAGAGGUUGUCCAUGCGGCUGCGAGGUAGGAAACCGAGCACGGACGUUGUAGUGGGUGCUGGUGCCACGCGAAAGAGAGGGCGGUCGUCUGCGGCGCUGCUACGAGACCCAGGGAAGCUCAAAGUGACGGAGUUGCGGUCCGAGCUAAAGGAAAGAGGACUGAGGACCAGUGGAUUGAAAGCUGCGUUGUUUGACCGACUUUUGAAUGCGCUAGAGAAGGAGCAGAAGGAGGAGAGCGAACAUUUGGACCAGGUAGAAGAGGUAAGAGCGAUGAAGGAGCAAGAUAAGGAGGCCAUUGUGAUCGACGAUGACAGCGAUGAGGAGGAGAUCGUGCGCGAGAGCGUGGGGUCGAACAAGUCGCAACCAAGCGUUUUGAGAAGCCAGUCGACGUCGCCAAAAUCUGCAGCUGAGAAGUCAGAGGAUGUCGAACAGUCUCCAGUUAAAUUGGAAGGCAGACAAAGCAUGCCGCCGUUACUGAUGAAUGGAAACUGUGCUGAAGGUGAAUCACAUUCAGGCUGUGCUGCGCAGACAGAAAAAGCGUCGGUGUCAAGCAAAGCAGCCGCAGCAACUGGUGUAGUAGAAGAGCAGCAGCUAUCUGCUGAGCUUGACAAUGUUAUAUUGUCUAAGAUGGCUUCUAGCGAUGAUUGUAAGGUCGCUGUCACUAGUAACGCAGAGACGGUAUCGGUCUACGACGAAGUGAAGAUGGCGCGAAAGUCGAUGCAAGUUGGUGGAAAGAGUGAGCUCACGAGUCCGCUUGUGUGGAAACGAAAAUCGAUUUUGCGGAAAGCGUCAUCGUUGGCGCCUUGUACACGAGCUCCAGCUCGCAAUGUCAGCUUUGCUCCCACGGACAAGGUGGACGUGAUUGUUGAUAAUUUUCAAACCGAUUUCACUCAGCCUGAUCCCAGUCCGGAAAAAGAUUCUCCGUUGGUUGAACGUUAUGUCCCACAUAAUGACAGCAAAUGUGCUGGAUCUGACUCAUGUUCAGAUGCCAGCAUAACGCCAAAAUCUGUCAGGACGUCUGUGGCUUCUUCUUCGCCGUUGGCUUCACCAAAUGAUCCUUCUAUUGAAGCACCUUCAGAAGAAGAGACCGAGAGGCAGCGCAAAAAGCGAGAAUACGACGAGACAGUUCAGCGUGAAGCCCAGAAGUUUCGACUUGCUGCGAAGCUAUCCGCGCAGAAGAGGGUCGAAGAAGCUAGAGCAAGCCAAGUACUCUGGGCGAAGGGAGACCAACUGAGGUCGAGGUUGCUGGCUUCAGCUGCUGGAGAAAAAAGGAGAAGUGCCCGUACGCCAUUAGCUGACAAGGCUGUUUCUGACAAGGUUUCACCACUCCUUUCCGAGUCGUCGACUGUUACUGGAAGUACUUCUAAAGUAUCUGACACAAAUUUCUUGACAGUCCCAGCUACCAGAGGUGAAGCCAGAUUCUUGGACACGACUCCGCUAAAUGAUAAAUUGGUCGAGUCCACGCGAUCGUUGGAUUGUCGACAAGGAGGGGAUAUCAUUCCGGAGGUGACCUCAGGCUGGGAAAGCGUAUUGCAUUGGCCUAAAGUUCCCGCAGCUCCGCACUCCGUUCUGACUGACAAGGACGAAAGUGAGGGUUCGAUCAUUCAUCGGCUGGGAGUCGAGCCAGCAGCGAAGUCGUUGCCCACUACUAAGAGGGUGCCACUAGAAUUUGCCGAAUCUCGCAUUCCUUGUCCGGAAGAUGAAUUGGAAAAGCUGGAUCGACCUUCCUUCGUGUUGCCAGCGGCAUCGCACAAGGACGUAAUCAAGCCCGAGUCGCCAAAGGGUCAGGCUGCUGCACCUUUGCUAGUUCACAAGCCGGAGUCGCUGUCCUCGAUGGUCCCAUCGGUCCCGAAGCCACUAGCAGUGGAGACAGCUUUGAAAACUGUGGAUUUGACGAUUACUAAAGAUGCUCGACGACCCAUCUCGAAUCUCGUGAGUGGGCUGCAUUCUUUUACGACAUUGUUGGAGAAGAAUCAAUCGCAAGAAAAAACUGCCGUCCGCAGCGCCCCUGUGUUGAAUGCACUGAAGCUUGCGGAGAAGUCGCGCGUUUUGGAGGAAAAGAAAAGGCUAGAAAAGGAGAGACGCAAGGUGAUGCUGAAGAAAAAAAUGGAAGAGCACAAGAAAACUGCAGCGCUCAAAGAGAGAGCUGAGAAAGAAGCUCAGGCGAAACGAGAGCAAGACCGACUCAAUGUGCGGAAGAAACGUGAGGCCGAGCUCGCGAAGCAGCGACAGCAAAAACUGAAAGAGAUGCGUGCAGGUCUAGAGAAGAAGCGGGCGAUGCUUGCCGCUGAAAGGAAGGCAGUCCAUGUGGCUAGUGCAUCGUUGGUGUCCAAGUCCACGACUACUGCUGCAGGGGCAUCGCAUCAACGGCAUGGCGGUCUUUCCAGUACUUCUGAGGCUUCUCAGCCCAAGCCGGUACCGGUGCCAAUACCGAAACUCGAUUCGAAGUCGAUUGUCCCGAAGUUACCUCAAGCGUCAAAGCUAGCGCCAAAGUCAACGCUAAAACUUGCUCCGAAGCCGACGCUGACAUCUCCCGGUCCUGUGAAGCAUGCUCGUAAAAGCCAUUCACCCGACGUCAUGAAUUAUGAGAUGUCGGACAACGUGGAGUCCUCAGACGGUGACAGUAGCGACUCGGAUGCAGAUCAUCGCGGAAAGAAGAAGGUGCCGAAAUGGGCGCAAAAGAGCCACCUCAAGAAAGUUCUACAUGCCCAGUUCGGCAAGAAUGCCACUGAUCCUUCACGUGCGAUUUUCCAGGACUUUGUUGACACGUGCAACUUGGAGGCUAUCUUUGAGACGACGGAUGUCAGCAAGAAGAAGAAGUUUGCUAGACGGACAAGUAGUGGCAACUGGUUGGCUGAUCGACCGACCGCGCGGGACCGAGCUUUGUAUCAACGUGACAUGGGGUAUGACCGGUAA